UUGAAGUGUAUGAUCAGCGUUUGUCACUUUAAAUAAGAUGGAACUUCAAAAAUCGCUUGAGGACAAACUGAGAGAAGCAGCAUGUUAUGGUGAUGAAGAAUCAAUUCGGUUGUUGCUUUCAAAGGGAGUAAAUAUUAAUACACAACAUGAUAUAAAUGGAUGGACUCCUCUCCACUGGGCAGCAAAGAGGGGACAUGCACCUGUAGUGAAAUAUCUUUUGUCCCAAGGAGCAGAAACUUAUCGGACAUCAAAUAAAGGAGAAACUCCAGCAGCUGUGGCUAUGAAUGAGGAAAUUAGAAGCCUUUUGGGAGGAGAUAAAAAUAAUAGUGAUAAUAAACCGACUCUUGCCAUCACACCAGGAUACAUAGCAUAUCCACCUUUGGCCUAUCAGGUAGACACUAAAGAUAUUAUGGAGAACUGCAAUGUAGGUAACCAGAAAACUCCUCUAAAUACGUGUGAGAUAAACCACUUCAGAUCAGCCUUAUCUGAUAAAUGUGAUGCCACAUUAUCAUCAGAACUAGUCCUAAAAGUUCGAGUGGCAUACCUAGAUGAUCUGGACUUCAUUGAAAUUGAUUUACCAGUCAGUAACCUAACCUUCAAACAGCUAGUAGACGUAUGCUGUCGUGAGCUUGGAAUUAGUAGUGAAAUGAUUCUGAAGAUAAGAAAGCUCCCAAACACAAUAAUCAGAAAAGACAAAGAUGUUCAAAGACUUCAAAACUUUCAAGAGAUUGAAAUUGUAUUAGAAGGGAAGAAUCCAUGUGCACCCGGAGACAAGACCAGUAAUUUUAAAUACCCAGAGUUUGUUGUUGAAAAGCACAAUCCUUCAGCAUUAACUGGAGCACAAACACAGUCACCAAAUACCAACUUUAUGGAAAGGUCAAGAUAUUGUAUGAACGGCAGGAUUUUAUAUUAAUCGUAACGGUUUAUAUUCAUGGAGUAGAAUCUUUAAAAAUUUCAUUCUGUGCACUUAGCAUAUUUUUUUUCCUUUGUACUACAAUCUGCUUUAUUAUUAAUCUCUCUUUCUUUAGCCUAUUAGAAUUCCUCAAGUGUAAUAUAUAUAAAAUACAAUAAUUUCUUUUAUUAAAACUAGAGAAUAAGCAUAUGGAAAGAAUAAUUGCCAUGUAAAGUUCCUUUAUAUAAGUAAGUUUUUGAGCAAACAUUCUUUGACAAGACUUAUUUAUGUAUGUAAGAUAUCUAGGAGAAACAUGGAUUCUCUCAUUUAGAUGAUGCUAGAAUUAAUCGUGAGAUUUAUGCAAAUACAUUGUACAAUUGUUGCGUAUCAAUAAUUGUUAAACAGCCACAUGAUACGUGCAACAAUCAAGCCAUUUGAAAUUAUCACAUAAAGCAUGGUAAAUACUUGUUAUUGUGUUGCUAAGUAACCAUUUAAACAUCUUCUUUAAUGUCAAUCAGGGCAAACGCAUAAAGUAGGCCUAAAGUUUCAAUACUGCAUUAAGCAUGUCAAUUAGGGCAAAUGCAUAAAGUAGGCCUAAAGUUUCAAUACUGCAUUAAGCAUGUCAUUUAGGGCAAAUGCAUAAAGUAGGCCUAAGUUUCAAUACUGCAUUAAGCAUCUCAAUUAGGGCAAACAACACAACGUAUAAGUUUCAAUACCUUAUAAACUGUUUGUGUAUCUAAAUCACAAUACAAAGUGUACUAACUGAUGAAGUAACAAAAAUAUUUUAAGAUCAGUAUUUUUUUCUGUUGGGAGCAAAAAUUUAUAUUGUAUAGCAAAAUAUUUAUCAAUAUAUAACCGUGAACUAAAUUAUUCUUUUGAUAAUUAUUUAUUCUUUCAUGAAAUUCAAAUGAGACCCCAAACUGUUUGUGGCACACCAAAUGUUUUUAAAAUAAUCGGUACUAAUAUUGCAAGAAAUAACAUAUAUUUCGAACUGAAACAUAAAUAGACUACAAUUUUAAUGAGAAAUAUUUGACUUCACUUUUUUUUUACUAUAAUUUCAAUGUGAGCUUGUUUCAAUGAAUGUAACUGUUUAAUAUUUGGUUUGAUGCUGGACAGAGCUACACGAAGCUCUUGAUCCACGUUUUUUAAACAUGACCUCUUCUGAUUCUUUAUAAGUGUCAGGGAAGAGAAACUAAGUUCACGAAGGUGUAGGUGGUUGAAAAUGGCAGCAGAACACUUAUCACUCGAUUUUGAGAUCUAUGGAUAUUCUUUCUCACGUGUAGCCAAAAGUGAUUUAAUGGAAUCUCUUGAAUUUGUGUUCAGGGGUGCAAUCAUUCAUUCUUGACAUCCAGAAAUUCUUCUUUUUCUUUCAAAGAGAAACUCAUUGUUGAUUCUUCUGAAGAUGCUGCAAAUGGAUUUUGAAUCCAAUCAAACUGCUCUGUCCAAGAUGAUCUGAAAUAGUGUCUAAACUUGAAGCAAGCUAAAUAAGUUGCUCCAUAAGUGAGAGUAUCCUUUCAUCUGGAUUUGAGCUAGAAGCUCAUUUGAACAUUUGGAGUGAACCAUACCCUAACUCUUCUCUCCAAAGUUGAAGUUUUGAUGUGAAUCCAUUUAGCUUGUCUGUGUAUGUCAUUAUGUUCUCGUUUCACCCUUGCAGCUUCUGAUUUGGGUACUCAAAUACAUCAGCCAAGUAGGCCAAUUUUUGUCUUUCAACAGAUUAGUAUGCUGGAACUCAUUGUGCAUGAAUUAUUUCAAUUCUUCCUUCAGUUCAUAAACUCUUGACAGAACUUUGCCUUUUGAGAGCCAACAAACUUCGCACCAAAGAAACUAACCCAUCAUUGAUACACACGUUAUCUAUACAUCUCAAAACAAUAUCUUACUAAAUUACUUUGUAAAGUAUAAAUUUUUUCAUAAAAAUAGUAGGUGAUUAGUUGGAUAUAUAUGCUGUGUAAAAUAAUUACUUUUAGGCCUAUUGCAAAGACAAAAUAUACUCUGAUUUGGAUGUAUAGUGAGGAAACCAAAUGAACUGAGUAAUUAAUUCAAAAAUACAAUAACCUUUAGUAUAGGCAAAUUCUGAUUUUAAUGAUUGCAAAAUUUUGACCAAUGAUAUCAAGUCUUCACCAGAGAAAAUGUAAUUUGCAUACUUUAGAAUUUGAUGUUGUAUUUUUGAAUUAAAUACUCGCAUUUUGUUACAUAAAUCAAAAAAACACUCCACAGUUAUCUUGGAAGUUAAUUUUGGUACACCACAAGUUCACCUUUCUUCUUGUACAACUAAAUAAUUUUUAUCUUGAAUUAGUUAUAAGAAGCUUAGUGUUACUUAUCUUAUAGAAAUCCAGAAUCUUUACUUUUAUAAAAAGUUUUUUUGUUAAUUUUGAAGUGCAGUGCUUCAGUAAAAUGUAACGAAUGUAUAGGAAAAUCGGCUAUUUUCCUAUUCCAGUAGAUAUCCACCAUUUUUCGCACACAGCACCUGAAAUAUAAAUGCUAUCACUGACAUAGAAUGGUAAAUUUUGAUUGAAUAUGCCGUAUGAGAAUUCUAGAGAACCUACAAAAUUUUAUAUCGCAAUAUGCAUAAUUCUUGCUAAAGCCAUUUUAAUUAAUUUUUAUACUGGUUAUGAACAAAUGUUCAUGAUGUUUAAGAAGUUCAAAUAUACAGUAGUGCAUAUGUAGUUGCAAUUUUUUUGUACUAACUAGAAAAAAAAAAUCACUUGUUCUCCUAGUUAAAAUUAGCAAAUGCUUUUGACAAUAUGUAUUACUUCAGUGGGGUAAGCUUUUUUCUGAAAGUAUUUGGUAACUGAAUCCUUUUCAAUAGAUAUAUAAUUAAAGCAGACUUUAACUCUUGUUCUUUUAAUACUGUAGCAUAGUUCUUCUAGCUUCAGUUUUCAUUAAUGGCUAUUCUGAUGACCUGAACAUCCUUCAUUAAUGGCUAUUCUGAUGACCUGAACAUCACUUCCUUACUAACAUUAUUCAUUAAUGGCUGUUCUGAUGACCCGAACAUCACUUCCUUACUAACAUUAUUCAUUAAUGGCUAUUCUGAUGACCUGAACAUCAUUCAUUAAUGGCUAUUCUGAUGACCUGAACAUCAUUCAUUAAUGGCUAUUCUGAUGACCUGAACAUUAUUCAUUAAUGGCUAUUCUGAUGACCUGAACAUUAUUCAUUAAUGGCUAUUCUGAUGACCUGAACAUCCUUCAUUAAUGGCUAUUCUGAUGACCUGAACAUUAUUCAUUAAUGGCUGUUCUGAUGACCUGAACAUCACUUCCUUACUAACAUCAUUAGAUGCUGAAAUUAUGAAUCAUGUCAAAUUCUUUAUUAAUCCAAACAUAAAAGAGAAUUUUUUGCCAUAUUUCAUUCAAGGAAUGUUGGUUUUCUACAGUAAAGUUGGAAGACUUUAUAAGGUCACCUUGAACUGUGAUUACAAAUUACACAGUAGAUAUGAUGUUUGAGAACAGUGAGGCUACUUGUUGUGUUAUUUAAAGGAAAUUAUUCUGUGUAUCAGAUUCUGUUAAAUCUUGUACGCUGUAUUAACAGCAGGAACAGUUAAAGAAGUGUCGUGAAUUUUAACUAUUUAAUGUAAAACCUUAUGAUUUGCAUGACAUGCUUUAUACCGAGAUAAAAGUUCUAGGACUAAUUUCAUAAUAAACUAACUUUGUUUCAACGUGAUAGAAUUAAUAGCCUUUAGAUGGACCUAUUACUGAUGGUUAACGUACAUUUUAUAUUGUUACAAGAUUUUUUUUUGGAGUGUUUUAUUAGUCAAUUACAACUUGCAAAAUGUCUGUUUUGUUUCAGAUGCAGCUAUGUUAAACAAUAUAUUAAUUUUUAUGUAAAUAAAAAUACAACCACUGUUUGUGUUCUUA